AUGUCAGACGACGAAGAUCGCGAUUAUUCACAUCUUCAGUCAGAAAAGAAUCGUAAACAAAAAAAGGCCGGAGGAUGGCAGGCGAUGGGAUUGGAUCAUACCGUAUUCAAAGGAAUAGAAAAGAAAGGAUACAAACAACCGACACCUAUCCAGCGAAAAACCAUUCCAUGCAUUCUGGAUGGUAAAGAUGUAGUGGCAAUGUCACGUACAGGCAGUGGGAAAACAGCCGCAUUCGCUAUCCCACUUCUGCAGCAACUAAAAAGACGAGACACUAGGGGUAUACGUGCUCUUUUGGUAUCGCCUACAAGGGAACUCGCACUGCAAACAUUUAAAGUUGUUAAGGAGUUGGGGCGUUUUACGGGUCUUCGAUGUGCUGUUCUGGUCGGCGGAGAUGCUAUUGAAGAUCAGUUCUCCAGUAUUCAUGAGAAUCCUGACAUAUUAAUUGCAACACCUGGUCGUCUCCUUCACGUUAUAGUAGAAAUGGAUCUACGACUCAGUUCAAUACAGUAUGUCGUGUUUGACGAAGCCGACCGGCUUUUUGAAAUGGGAUUUCAAGACCAGUUAACGGAGACCCUCAAGCGAAUACCGGAAAAGAGACAAACCCUUCUCUUCUCGGCCACUUUACCGAAAAUUCUCGUGGAUUUUGCGAAAGCUGGACUUUCGGAUCCUAUGUUAGUUCGUCUCGAUGUCGACGAGAAAAUCUCUGAACGUCUCUCUAUGGUGUUUGCGACAUGUAGAGCUGACGAGAAACUUGCCGUAUUGUUGCAUUUAUGCCGACAAAUGGAUGCUGAACAGAAACAAACUGUCGUGUUCUGUGCGACGAUGAAACACGUGGAAUAUGUGGUCGGGAUAUUAAAUCGAGCUGGUGUUGAUACUUCCUUUAUAUUUAGUCAACUUGACGCCACUGCACGGAAACUGAAUAUUGCCAGGUUUACGGAAAAGAAAAGCAAUAUCCUCAUUGUUACCGAUGUAGCCGCUCGUGGUGUUGACAUCCCUCUGCUCGAUACGGUGAUCAAUCUCCAUUUCCCGCCGAAGGCAAAACUAUUCGUCCAUCGUGUUGGUCGUGUAGCUAGGGCUGGCCGAAGUGGUACGGCAAUAUCACUGGUUGCUCCCGAUGAAAUGCCAUAUUUAGCAGAUCUCUUCCUAUUUUUGGGAAAACCCAUGCGAUUCGCGCGAGACGAUGACAAAUAUGAAGAGGAAACUACUCUGAUUGGGAAAACACCUGGAAACGUGAUUGCACUUGAAGCGGAAUUUUUCAAUUCCAUUCAUGACAAUAAUGAAGAAAUGCUGGAUCUUCGACAGAAAGCUACGAAUGCUAUGAUGCGGUAUAUUCGCACUCGUCCACCACCUUCGGCUGAAUCAGCCAGACGAGUUAAAGAAGAGUUAAAGGUGGCUGAAUGUUCCGCACAUCCAUUCCUACGUAUUGCUCAGGAUACGCAACAGUACUCUAUACUGAACAAACUGGCAAAAUACAAGAGCUGUGCUACAAUUUUCGAGCUGAACGUUGGCAGCAAAUCUCAUUCUGCUGCUGUUAUGAAAGAAAAACGUCGUCAGCACCAAGAACGCAUUCGUCAAGUUGAGGAAGAGAAAGCUCGAAAAACGGAAGACGGAGGUCAGGAGAAAGUGACUGAUGUUUCGAACACUGAGAACGCAGAUGAAUCAGCGGUGUUCACUGAAGUAGUGGGACGCGGAGGUCACAACAGCGAAACCAGCAAAAACAAAACUUCAAAAAGGAUAGACAAAGCCGAGGAGCGAAGAAGAGAAAAGGUUCGAAAGGCUAGGAAUUUUGUGGCUUAUUCUGCGGCGGAUCAUGAAUCCGAGAAGCAUUUAGCUUUGGAGAAGGUGGACUUUGCCAAGCAAGUUGAUAAUGCGACUGUGGAGAUAUUCGCUGAUGACGAUAAAGGAUUGUAUAAGCAGAAGCACGCAAAGCGAUGGGAUCGUAAGAAGAAGCGAUUCGUUGGAGUAGAAGGUGAUGGGCAAAGCAUAAAGAGGAUCCGUACAGAGGAUGGAACCUGGCUUCCAGCUUCCUACAAAACUGGUCGGUAUGAGGACUGGAAGAGUCAACAGAAGAUCGGGUAUAAAAAGGUAAAAAUCGAACAGGAGGCGGGAACCUCGGGUAGCAAGAAGUCCUCCACUUUCAAUAAAUGGAAGGGACCAAAGUCUGAGCUCCGAAAUGUAAGCCAAAUUAAGAAGAUUCGAAAGAAAUCUGCGAAACUGCAGGAGUACAUGGAACAUCGAAGACAAGAAAAUCUCAAAAAGAAAGCUGCUCGUGCAGGUGGGGCGAAGCAUGGUGGUGGAAAGCGAAGGAAAAAGGCUUGA